AUGCCUGAAGAACGUCGUGAGAGAAGACCAUCGGUCGGGGCCCCCGUCUCCGAGCUUCAGGGUCCGGUAGGCCCGGGCUUCAGUCGCCCAAAGCACAAGCGCACCUAUACCGGACUCGGUCCCAGUGAAAUCAAGAGCGCCGAAGCGGCCAUUCCGGAGCCUCUCCGAGAAGCUCCGCUAGCGGGUUUACCAACAAGGAUGAAUUCGAGGGCUGCGUACGCCGGGACCGCGCUCGCAUUUCGAGACCGGUUGAUCAUUGAAUGGAACAAAACCCAGCAACGACAGACCUCGGCCGACCAGAAGAGAGUUUACUGUGCGUCACCAAUGCCACGAAUACUUUUCACUUCCCUAACUUAUGCCUCAGAUCUCUCACUGGAGUUCCUGAUGGGUCGAGCCCUGGACAACGCUAUGCUCAAUGUGAACAUGAAGGAUGCUGCACGGGUCAGGAACACGACGCCCGCUCUCGGAAACGGAGGUCUAGGCCGGUUGGCGGCUUGUCUCCUCGACAGUCUCGCAACCCUGAACUACCCUGCCUGGGGCUACGGUCUACGUUACCGCUACGGUAUCUUCAAGCAAGAAAUUGUCGACGGUUACCAGGUCGAAGUCCCCGACUACUGGCUUGAUUUCAACCCCUGGGAAUUCCCCCGCCACGAUAUCACCGUCGACAUCCAGUUCUACGGCCAUGUCAGGAAGUACAAGGAUGACAACGGCAAGACGGUCAACUCUUGGGAAGAGGGCGAGGUCGUUCAAGCCGUAGCGUAUGAUGUUCCAAUCCCAGGCUAUGGGACUCGCACGACGAACAAUCUACGUCUCUGGUCAAGCAAGGCCAGCAGUGGAGAGUUCGACUUCCAAAAGUUCAAUGCGGGUGACUACGAAAGUGCAGUUGCGGAGCAGCAGCGUGCUGAGACUAUCUCGGCCGUCCUGUACCCGAACGACAACCUCGAACGAGGAAAAGAACUCCGGCUGAAGCAGCAGUACUUCUGGUGUGCUGCGUCUCUGCAUGACAUUGUUAGGAGAUACAAGAAGACCAAGCGGCCCUGGAGCGAGUUCCCUGAACAAAUUGCGAUCCAGCUCAACGACACUCAUCCAACUCUGGCUGUGGUGGAGCUCCAACGCAUCCUAGUCGACCUCGAAGGCCUCGAGUGGGACAAGGCGUGGGACAUUGUUACCAACACAUUUGGCUACACGAACCAUACCGUCUUGCCCGAGGCUUCCGAGAAGUGGUCGGUGCCUCUGAUGCAGAAUCUCCUUCCCCGCCACAUGCAGAUCAUUUAUGACAUCAAUCUCUUCUUCUUGCAGUCGGUGGAGAAAAGAUUCCCCAAUGAAAGAGACCUGUUAUCUCGCGUCUCCAUUAUUGAGGAAUCGCAGCCCAAGAUGGUGCGGAUGGCAUACUUGGCCAUUAUUGGGUCUCACAAGGUCAAUGGUGUGGCCGAGCUGCACUCCGAUUUGCUGAAGUCUACUCUCUUCAAGGACUUUGUGGAAGUGUACGGGCCUGACAAGUUUACCAAUGUGACGAACGGCAUCACCCCCCGCCGCUGGCUGCACCAAGCCAACCCUCGGUUGUCUGAUUUGAUUGCCUCAAAACUCGGUGGUCACGAAUUCUUGACCGACUUGACCCAGCUUGACAAGCUAGAGAGCUUCGUUGAUGACAAAGAGUUUCGGAAGGAAUGGUCUGAGAUCAAGACUUCGAACAAAGUCCGUCUGGCAAAAUACAUCAAGGAGACUACCGGCUACAGUGUAGACCCUACCGCUCUAUUUGACAUCCAAGUGAAACGCAUUCACGAAUACAAGCGCCAACAGCUGAACAUCUUUGGCGUCAUCCACCGGUAUCUCACUAUCAAGUCUAUGACUCCGGAGGAGAGGAAGACUGUCCUUCCUCGGGUCUCUAUCAUCGGUGGUAAAGCCGCGCCAGGAUACUGGAUGGCUAAGACAAUCAUCCAUCUUAUCAACAACGUGGCGUCGGUCGUCAACAACGACCCCGAUGUUGGGGAUCUUCUGAAAGUCAUUUUCAUUCAGGAUUACAAUGUCAGCAAAGCAGAAAUCAUCUGUCCCGCGUCGGACAUCAGCGAGCACAUCUCGACUGCCGGUACCGAAGGCAGUGGAACUAGCAACAUGAAGUUUGUGCUCAAUGGUGGUCUCAUUAUUGGAACUUGCGAUGGCGCCAACAUCGAGAUCACGCGAGAGAUCAGCGAAAACAACAUUUUCCUUUUUGGAAACCUCGCCGAGGAUGUCGAAGACCUGCGUCACCGCCACCUCUACGGCGACUUCCAGCUGGAUCCCGACCUGGCCAAGGUCUUCGAUGCAAUCCGCGGUGGCAUGUUCGGAAGUGCCGGUGACUUCUCUGCGCUCAUUGCGUCCAUUGCGGAGCACGGCGACUACUAUCUCGUCUCAGACGACUUCAACUCGUACAUUACCACGCACAAGAUCAUCGAUGAUGCCUUCCGUGACCAGGACGAAUGGAUCAUCAAGUCCAUUACCAGCGUUGCGCGGAUGGGAUUCUUCUCGACUGAUCGCGUGAUCGGGGAGUAUGCUGACAGCAUCUGGAACAUUGAGCCGCUUGCCGUGGAGGCGGAAGACUGA